CAAUCACAACUGUUGGCACUUUAGCUACCACCACAACCACAACCACAGCAGCACCACAACAAGAGCCAAAGAUACGCUUGGGAUUUUCAUUGCAGGAGACCUUUACACCAGAACUUACAAACAAGUCUUCACCAGCGUUCAAAGCCUUGGAAGACAAAGUAACCAAGUCGCUCAACCGUGUCUAUCGUGACAAAUUCGGAGCUGCCUUCAAUCGAAGUGUCAUCAAAAGCUUCAGGUCAGGGUCCGUUGUGGUAGAUGCUGAGCUGAUAUUCAACAAUGUGUCUGCAACACCAAAUACCAGUUCUGUGACUAAUACUUUGCAGACUGCUGUUUCGAGCAGUGGUUUUAACCUCAGUGUCAACGCAUCAUCUAUCACAGCAGCCGUUGUUUUGGCACCAACUGAAGCCCCAACGACAGCUGUACCUACAACAAUGAUAAUUACAACUCCCUCAACAGCUACCAAUGCCACACAAGCUCCAACUACUGCUCCGAACGCUACAGCUGGCUCUACUGCAGCUACCAAUGCCACACAAGCUCCAACUACUGCUCCGAACGCUACAGCUGGCUCUACUGCAGCUACCAAUGCCACACAAGCUCCAACUACGGCUCCGAACGCUACAGCUGGCUCUACUGCAGCUACCAAUGCCACACAAGCUCCAACUACUGCUCCGAACGCUACAACUGGCUCUACUGCAGUCACCACUGCAUCAACAGAUGCUCCCACAUCUAGUGAGGGAACCGUUGGACUUCAGUUUAGUCUCAACCAAACAUUCAGCGCAGAUCUCUCCAAUACAUCUUCAGCCGCUUUUAAGACCUUAGCUUCAACAGUAGUCACAGAGUUAAACAUUUUGGGUAGAAGACUUUAUGGAUUGCUUUAUAAACGUGCCAUUGUAAACUCUUUCAGGAGUGGAUCAGUGGUUGUCAACUCAACCCUUGUGUUCACAAAUACAAGCUCAGUUCCUUCGGCAAGCAGUGCAACUACGCAAUUAAGCAGUGCACUUACAAACAGCACUGCCCUGAAUGUUGUAAAAGGCAGCGUUAUAGCAACUGUUCCUACAACUACAACUCCAACAACAACAACAACAACAACAACAACAACAACAACUACAACUACAACUACAACAACAACUACAACUACAACUACAACAACCGCCACCACUGCGUCAACAGAUCCUCCUACGGCCAAUGAGGGAAUACUUGGACUUGUGUUUAGUCUCAGUGACACAUUUACCUCAGACCUUUCUAAUCCAGCAUCAGCAGCUUUUCAGGCCUUAGCUGCAAAGGUGGUCAAUGAGUUGAACGCCCUGAGCAGACGUAUAUUCGGAUCAUCUUUCGAUCGCUCCUUCGUAAACUCAUUCACGAGUGGAUCAGUGGUUACCAACAUGACUCUCGUGUUCAAAAAUCAAACCUCAGUUCCUUCUGCAACUUUUGCAACUGAACAGUUGCGCAGUGAACUUGGCAACUCUACCGUCCUGGACAUUAUACCAGGCAGUGUUUCUGUUACACAGAUAACAUCAGGCAGUCCUGCUCGGCACACAGUGGGCUCAUUGGCAGUCUUUUCACUAACACUGCUGGCUGUGGCGCAGAUGCUGAUAGACUUAUAAGUCAGUCAGGCGGGUACACUGACUUGACCAGUCGCUUUUAAUAUGCUACCAAAGGUGGAAAAAUCAAUUUACCCACAUACCAAAAACAAAAGCUGUAACAAGUGUGCAUUAUGAAAUUUACCAUUACAAUGCCAUGUGGUAAAAAGAUGUGUACUGUGUGUCAAGAACUACAGUUUCUUAGUAUUUUCAACAUUUGAUGUUACAACCUCUUUUGUUUUGAUUCCAUUUUAUUUAAAGAACGAAUCAUUAAUACUGUAAUACCAUAUUUUAUACUUUGUGGGCGUUAUUGUAGCAUCUGCCAUUUAUUGUAUUGUUUUAUAAAUGCUUCUUUAUAUUCUGUGUUUCAUGUGGCAUUGUUAACAUUUAAAAAUGUCAAUAUAUAUGUUAGAGGAUAAAGUACUACAUAUUUAUUUCCAAUUGAAAGGCCUGUAUGGUUUAGCAGGACACAAUUUACAUCAAGUUUACAGUUACAAUUUACAUCCAGUAUGAAUGAUGGAAGAAAAGAAAAGCUUAGGGUGUGGAUGUGAAAUGAUCUUGAUGCUGGAGACAAUGAUUCAAACCAGCCAUUAAUGUUCGAGGGUUGAUUUUCUUUUUUUUAAUGAAGAUGAUCCCUGUCUAACCAUUACCAUGUAGUUUAAAAUGGCUUACCAUAA